AUGUGCGUACGCGACGACACCAGAGCGGCUCCGGAGUCUUCGCCAAUUUUCGCCAAUUUUCCAGCUUCCGACGCGGAACGGCGGACAAAUGCGGCCUUGUGCGUGAACGCGGAGUCGCCGGCGCGCCAUCUCGCACCAAAAACCUCCGCCGGAUGGUCGCGGUUGACGCACGCGCUUAGCGCCAGCCGCGCGCCGAGCAGCUCCCGUACAGGCGGCGCCGCUGAAGCGCCGUCAACCUGCGGCACUGCCGGAUCGCCGCGGCGGCGGGAGCCUUCGCUGGACGCUGAGCCGGCGCUUCUGCUGCUUCCUGACGGCUCCGUCCAGAUCGUGUGCUCCUCGCAGCCUUCCGCACGCAGCCAGACUCAGGCGCGCACUCUCACUCCGUCAGAGAACGGCAAUGGCGCCCGAGACUCAUUUCGCGUCGCGGCUUCGACGCACGGCAAUUCAAUUCCCGGCGAUUUAACUCCCAGCAAGGCAAUGGAGUCAAUACCCCGCGGCAGUGUUGCGCGGAGGGUCUCGCGCGUGAGCGACGUGCUUCAGGAACACCCGGGCUGUCAGGUGGGCUCGCUGACGUCAUCGCACGGCUUCCUGCGUCCGCAGCACGUGUUGAAGCCCGGGCACGUGUACUUCCUCCAGCCGCCCCUGGCGCUCCCGGCCCCAGAUGAUCAUGGAACCCUUGUUUCUGGCAAUGCCGGUGCGGACUUCGACGGCGGUGGCUCUACGGCGCUGCUUAUCCAGGACGCGGAUGCUUGUAACAAGGAUGAUUUUGAUAACGGGCGUCGUUGCCUGGAGGACGUGGUUGCAAGCUUUUCUGGGAGCUCCGGCCGGAGCGAUCUCAGCGGGCGUGCAAGACGCACUGUUGCUGCCCCCGUUCCCCUCGUCAUCCCUCUACCGCACCCCAUGUGCCUGCUGCAACGACGGUCUGCCUAG